AACGGCGCUGGGGACUGACUGAGAGAGGGGUACGGAUUCCUGGGAAGGCAGAGACCGACUCUCUUCCAAAGAUUGGAUUCGGUGACCCACCGUCCGAACUCGGCCGCCAGACUCCCGCAGCGAGCCUGCGGGGCGGGCCUAGGGGCGGGGCCGAAUCUCCUUCCCCGCCUCCAACGGCAAGCCGACUGCGUCCUCAGUACGCCUGCGUAGGGUGAGGCCGGACUCUAUUUGGCUAGUAGGCGAGCGGCGGCAGCGGCGUUCUCUACCCGGCAUGCUGCGCGGGAGCGGCGGCCCUACGUCUCUCCCCUUCCCAACCCUGCCCCCCCCUUCCCCCUCCCGCCGCGGCCCCCCCUUCCCCUAAAGUGAGUGAGUGAAACUGGCAGAUGGAGGAGGGACUGUAAUGGCGGCGGCCGGCAGCUCCCUGCUCUGACCCACGGCAGGCAUUCAGCAACAACCCCCUCCCCGCCCCUCUCCCAGCCGGCCUCCGCCCCGCCGCCAGCGCGGGGCCACCCUCUCCGGCCCUUCCCCCAGCGGUCGGCGUCUCGCCCUGCGCCCCGGCCGGGGCCCCACACACAAUGGACGAGCUCGCCGGAGGCGGUGGUGGCGGCCCCGGGAUGGCGGCCCCUCCACGGCAGCAGCAGGGACCUGGGGGGAACAUGAGCCUUUCGCCCGGGGGGAAUGGAGCGGCGGGCGGCGGGGGUCCUCCGGCCGCCGAGGGAGCGGGUCCCGCGGCAGGCCCAGAGCUGUCCCGGCCGCAGCAGUACACUAUCCCAGGGAUCCUGCACUACAUCCAGCACGAGUGGGCUCGGUUCGAGAUGGAGCGGGCGCACUGGGAGGUGGAGCGGGCCGAACUGCAGGCCCGGAUAGCAUUUUUGCAAGGAGAAAGAAAAGGUCAAGAAAACUUGAAGAAGGAUUUAGUAAGAAGAAUAAAGAUGUUAGAAUAUGCAUUAAAACAAGAAAGGGCAAAAUAUCACAAAUUAAAAUACGGCACAGAACUGAACCAAGGUGAUUUGAAAAUGCCAACCUUUGAAUCAGAAGAAACCAAAGACACGGAGGCUCCCACAGCACCUCAGAAUAGCCAGUUAACGUGGAAGCAGGGCAGACAGCUGUUAAGACAAUAUCUUCAGGAAGUAGGUUACACAGAUACAAUAUUAGAUGUACGGUCUCAGCGGGUAAGAUCAUUACUUGGGCUAUCUAAUUCAGAACGAAAUGGAUCAGUAGAGACAAAGAACUUAGAACAGAUCCUGAAUGGAGGUGAAUCUCCUAAGCAAAAAGGACAAGAAAUCAAAAGGCCUUCUGGUGAUGUUCUUGAGACAUUCAAUUUCUUAGAAAAUGCUGAUGACAGCGAUGAAGAAGAGGAAAAUGACAUGAUUGAAGGCAUCCCAGAAGGAAAAGAUAAACAUCGGAUAAAUAAACACAAAAUAGGUAAUGAAGGUUUAGCUGCUGACCUAACCGAUGAUCCUGAUACUGAGGAAGCACUGAAAGAAUUUGAUUUUUUAGUGACUGCUGAAGACGGUGAAGGAGCUGGAGAAGCACGGAGUUCAGGGGAUGGCACAGAAUGGGAUAAAGAUGACCUCUCCCCAACUACUGAGGUUUGGGAUGUAGACCAGGGACUAAUAAGUAAACUGAAGGAACAGUACAAGAAGGAACGAAAGGGGAAGAAAGGGGUAAAGAGGGUCAACAGGACAAAACUCUACGACAUGAUAGCUGAUCUGGGAGAUGAUGAGCUGCCCCUCAUCCCUUCAGGAAUCAUAAAUCAGUCUAGGUCAGCCUCUACUAGAACUGAUCAUGAAGGUGCAAGAGCAGAGGAAGCUGAACCAAUAACGUUUCCAUCUGGAGGAGGCAAGUCAUUUAUUAUGGGUUCUGAUGAUGUUUUGUUAAGUGUACUGGGCCUUGGAGACCUUGCAGACUUGACGGUAACAAAUGAUGCAGACUAUAGUUAUGAUUUGCCUGCCAAUAAAGAUGCCUUUCGAAAGACAUGGAAUCCCAAGUAUACACUACGUAGCCAUUUUGAUGGAGUACGGGCAUUAGCUUUUCAUCCUGUAGAACCUGUGCUGGUUACUGCCUCUGAGGACCAUACUCUGAAACUUUGGAACUUGCAAAAAACAGUUCCUGCCAAAAAGAGUGCCUCUUUAGAUGUAGAGCCUAUCUACACAUUUAGGGCCCACAUUGGUCCUGUUCUAUCAUUAGCUAUUAGUUCUAAUGGAGAACAGUGUUUUAGUGGUGGUAUUGAUGCAACUAUCCAGUGGUGGAAUAUGCCUAGUCCUAAUGUGGAUCCAUAUGAUACAUAUGAGCCAAAUGUUCUAGCUGGCACUUUAGUUGCUCAUACAGAUGCUGUCUGGGGUCUUGCUUAUAGUGGCAUAAAAAAUCAAUUACUGUCAUGUUCAGCAGAUGGCACUGUUAGAUUAUGGAAUCCACAAGAAAAAUUGCCAUGUAUUUGCACUUACAAUGGAGACAAGGAGCAUGGAAUACCUACAUCGGUUGACUUUAUAGGCUGUGAUCCAGCUCAUAUGGUGACCUCUUUCAACACUGGUAGUACAGUAAUUUAUGAUUUAGAAACAUCACAGUCAUUGGUGAUGCUUUCAUCACAGAUAGAUUCUGGUUUACAAUCCAGUAAUCACAUUAACAGAGUAGUAAGUCAUCCCACACUUCCUGUUACAAUAACUGCUCAUGAAGAUAGACACAUCAAAUUUUUUGACAAUAAAACGGGUAAAAUGAUCCAUUCUAUGGUAGCUCAUUUGGAUGCUGUUACAAGUCUAGCAGUAGAUCCUAAUGGAAUCUACUUGAUGUCUGGAAGCCAUGACUGUUCUAUUAGAUUGUGGAAUUUGGACAGCAAGACAUGUGUGCAAGAAAUAACAGCACAUAGGAAAAAAUUAGAUGAAUCAAUUUAUGAUGUUGCUUUCCAUCCAUCAAAAGCAUAUAUUGCUAGUGCAGGGGCUGAUGCCCUUGCCAAAGUAUUUGUGUGAAUCAACAAAAACUCUCAUCAUAACAACAGAUUCGCUUGGACACAGAGGGUCUGCAUCACUGCCAUCAAAAAUGUUACUGAUAUGACACUACAUGUGAUCUGCCUGAUGAAGGCUAUUUGGGGCAGGCAUAAAUUGGUGGAAAUCACAUCUUAACAUCAGGCUCAUUAAUUUAAUUGUAAUUACUGUAUUUCGUGGGACAAAAAAGGACUCCAUUGUUUGUGGCCUGUACUGGAUAUGAACUGAGCGUAUGUCUGUCUUUUAGGUAUCUUUAAGCCAGUGUGGAGUCUGAUCUUACAAAAAGACUUUUAUUUUGGACUCUGUGUGCUGCCUUAGGGUUAGGAAUGUGGUGCUCUUGUUGGGGGGAAGUGAGCUCCAAGAGUAGCUUUUUUUCAUCUCUUAGUGAUCUUCUGUUUAUCAGUUGAAUGCCACAGAUUCCCUUUUAAACUUAUUUUGCUUUAAAAAAAAUAAAAAAGAAAAUUUAACUUAAAAUAUUUUAGCAUUAGUUGCACAAAAUGUUUGGAUAAAAUUCUAGUUUUUAUAAGUCUUUUUAUAUAUUUAGCCUGUCACAACAGUGCUCAAGAUUGUAUUGAAGUUUUUCUGCAUUAUACAACCCUGAAACACAGAGAUCUCACUGACCCGCUGCCGUGUAAGCACACUCUUUCCUUCUUUUGCGUAAUACAGCUCAGCUAAGUCUUUCCAUAAAGAUGCUAAAUCACCUUCAACAUCACAUAACUGUCUUCUUAAACCAAGGACUAUUAAGUGUAUUAAAAUGAAACGGUGGGGUUUAGUACUCCAGAUGAACUCUUAAAAAAGAAAAAAAAAAAACUAAUCUUGGCAUCCUAUCACUAUGUGAUAUUUUGUACAUCUUACUGUAUUUACAAGUUUAUUUAUCAAGGAUUAUCCAUCUUGCUAAUAGCCUAUUAUUUAUUUCACUUUUUGUUGGUCUUUAUAUCCUUUUAUUAAUGUGCUAAAGGAACCUGUAUAUCUAUUUUGGAACUCUUUGAAUAGUCUAAAAUAGACUAAAAAUGGAGUAUUUUAUAGUUUAAGUUACAAACCAAGGUGACUCCCCCCCAGAUACAUAUCUUGGUUUACCAUGAUUCCAGAGAAAACUAUCUUGUUUUAAAAUAUUUGGAGUAAAAUUUUAUUUGCAUUACAAAUAGGAUACAAAAAUAGUUGAAUCAGGAUACAGAAAUCUGCUGUGUUUGGACUAGUUAUCCCUGUUUCAUUUUUUCAGAUGUGCUUAAUUUUAUGGUGUAACUAAAGAUUUUGUUUGUGUAAUGCAUGAUUAAGACAAUAAAGUAUUUUUUCUAGUCUUCCAAAAAACUUUUCUGAUCAGUUUGCGAGUUUUGAUGAGUUUUGUAAGGUUUUUGUUUUACAAACUAUGAAUCAGCAAAUUUUUAAGAUUGUACCACAUAGCGAACGUACAGCUGUUGAAAAAUAAUGUAUAUAAAAUGCAUAUAAUAAAUAUUAAAUUGUGUACCUGUAUGUUACUGUUGGCUACAUUAUUUUGUG